CUCAUCAUAUGUCAAAACAACCACGAUGGUACUGACGAGCAGUGUAACCCCCCCGAGCAGUGUUCCGACAUACACGUCGGCAACUAUUCCAAACCCAGGUCACUUGGGUUGUCAACUUUGGAGGCAUAUAUAGCAAGUGACAUUCCGUGGCCUGUCAGUCCACGAUGCAGUUCUUUCUGGCUCAUCGCUAUUCGGACUUGACAGCAUCUACAGGGUAUCUAUCAUGUCUGGACUACAAAAUCUUCAUUUGAUGCCUAUUCCUCUGGCAUUCACCGCUGGCAUAUUCCCUGUUGUAUUUUACAUGCUCCUAGAUCGACUGCCUCCCAUAUGGCCGUCCUCGAAGAAGGCCAUGAUGAUUGGGCCAAAACAACCACAAGAUAUAACUUCAUUCGAGUGCCCGUACAGUUAUAUACGCCAGAUCUAUGGGAAGUAUCAUUGGGCUCCUUUCAUUCAUAAGCUCUCACCCAGUCUCAAAGAUACAAACCCAAAGAAGUAUAAGUGGAUUCUUGAAGUUAUGGACACUAUUCAUCUAUGCCUUAUGAUGGUAGAUGAUAUAUCCGAUAACAGCGAUUUUCGGAAAGGCAAACCAGCAGCACAUCGAGUCUACGGGCCAUCGGAAACAGCAAACAGGGCAUACUACCAGGUGACACAGGUCCUAAACGAGACAGUAAAACAAUGGCCAAGUCUUGCGCCAUUUUUGAUGCAGAACCUGGAAGACAUCCUGCACGGCCAGGAUCUCUCUCUCAUCUGGCGCCGUGACGGACUUAGUAGCCUACCCAACGGAGCCGAAGAACGAAUGGCAGCAUAUAGAGAAAUGGCUUCGUUGAAGACAGGUGCUCUGUUCCGCCUCAUGGGUCAAUUGGUAUUGGAGGAUAAAUCUGCAGACAAAACGCUGACCACUCUCGCGUGGUGCUCACAACUGCAGAACGACUUCAAGAACGUUUAUUCCUCAGAAUACGCAAAAACAAAGGGAUCCGUUGCAGAAGACCUUCGGAAUCACGAAUUUUCGUUCCCUAUCAUUGUUGCACUAGAGGCUCCCGGGGGAGAGUGGGUUGCCAGAGCUCUGGAAUCGGGGUCACCUCGGAACUUACGCAAAGCACUCGAGGUGAUACAGAGCGAAAGUGUGCGGAACGCCUGUUUUACUGAGCUCAAGUUUUCUAGCGCCUCUGUUCAGGACUGGCUCGCCAUUUGGGGCCGUGACGAGAAAAUGAACUUAAAGAGCCAGAAGAAGUGAUUGUGUCCAGUCCUUGACGCCUAGGCAUGUGCC